GGCUGUGCAUGAUUCACAAGCGAGCCCCCACAUAAAAGUGGGACCAUGACAAGAUGGACGGUCGCGAUUGGUCAACUACCAUCACCAACACCAGAAGCAACAAAACGUGCAUCAGUCCAACUCCAUUUGGUCCCAGAUACUCCCAAAGCCCCAAAAUUUUCUCGCCCCCCAAACACUCUCCUCAUUCCCCAAUUUUCCACUCCAUCCAUCUAUUCAUCGCCUGUGUUAAACUAAUCGAUCUCUCGCACGCACUCUCUCUCGGUUUCCCUCGGUUUCUCACCUCUACGCCAUCGGAGAAAGAAAUCAUGAAGGCACCGAGAAGGCCGAUUCACGCGGUGUCAGCGUGGGUAAGGAGGCAGCCUCCGAAGGUGAAGGCUUUCCUGGCGGUGGUUUCCGGUAUGGCGGCGCUGGUGUUGCUGCGCCUCAUCGUCCACGACCACGACAACCUCUUCGUUGCCGCUGAAGCUGUUCACUCCAUCGGAAUCUGCGUGCUCAUCUACAAGCUCAUGAAGGAGAAAACUUGUGCUGGUCUCUCGCUCAAAACCCAGGAGCUAACAGCUAUAUUUUUAGCUGUUAGAUUGUAUUGCAGUUUUGUUAUGGAAUUUGAUAUACACACCUUACUGGAUUCGGCUACAUUGCUAACAACCCUGUGGGUUAUAUAUAUGAUUCGUUUUAACUUAAAGUCUAGUUACAUGGAGGACAAAGACAACUUUGCAGUUUAUUAUGUGUUAAUACCAUGUGCUCUGUUAGCUCUUUUUAUUCAUCCCUCAACAUCGCACCAUAUUCUGAACAAGAUUUUCUGGGCAUUCUGCGUAUAUCUGGAAGCUGUUUCAGUGUUACCCCAAUUGCGGGUCAUGCAGAACACAAAGAUUGUUGAACCAUUUACAGCUCAUUAUGUAUUUGCAUUGGGUGUUGCGAGGUUCUUGAGCUGUGCCCAUUGGGUUCUACAGGUUUUAGAUUCUCGUGGGCACUUACUGGUAGCUCUGGGCUAUGGAUUAUGGCCUUCCAUGGUUCUUAUUUCUGAAAUUGUCCAGACUUUCAUCCUGGCAGACUUUUGUUACUAUUAUGUCAAGAGCGUUUUUGGAGGACAGCUUGUGCUCCGUCUUCCCUCCGGAGUGGUGUGAUUGGAGAUCUCUUGCAUGCCACAGUUCAUCGGCAUACUGGCAGCUGAAAUUUGCCUAGAAGCAGGCAAAUGUGGCUGGCAUUUUCUCUAGGUUCUUUCCUUCUGCUCUUAUAGAGUGUUCAUGUUCCUACUUAGAGGGAAUUGAAGAUGGAUGCUUGUAAAGUUUGGGAAUGCUGGAAAAUCUGGGUGGAUAUUUAAGUUUGGCAUGUGGUUUUUCUACCAUAUAAUUAUAUUAACUUCAAUUGCGCGCACCAA